AUGGCUGCAACUAAGACUCGCAAUCUUAUGACUGAGGAGGAAUUGAUUGAAUUAGAAAAGCAAGAGUUCGAGACUGGUCCCCUAUCAGUCUUACUUAAUGCUGUUAAGAAUAACACUCAGGCACGUUUUCUUUGUAAUUUUUCACAUAAUCGUUCGUUUUACUUGCCUUCAAUAUUUGUUUUGAUAAACUGUCGUAAUAAUAAGAAGCUCUUAGCCCGAGUAAAGGCAUUUGACAGACAUUGCAAUAUGGUCCUCGAAAACGUGAAGGAAAUGUGGACUGAGGUUCCUCGUCCAGGCAAGGGCAAGAAAAAGUCCAAACCUGUCAAUAAAGACCGUUUCAUCAGCAAGAUGUUUCUGCGCGGUGACUCCGUAAUCCUUGUCCUUCGAAACCCUCUUGCUUCUGCGUCGGCCGCCUCUGCCCGCGGUUGA